UCGAGGGAAUGGGCGUGUCGGAUCUCAAAUUUAAGUAGAUUUUUCGCCGUUGUUAAUGCAAAAAUGACUGAAAUACUUGCAUAAAAUAUUUAUCCAGAUCCGCUAGUGAAAAUCACAAUUACACUAGCGAUCACGGACAUUACGGCGAUUGUCCCCCGGCCUUAAGAAACCAAACACGCCAAUACUCAUGGAGAUACCGAAAUAGAAUUUGAUUCCAGAGCCGAUUCUAAUGGAGGAGCCAACUCCGAUUCCGUAGCCGAUUCCGAAACCGGUUCCUUGGCCGAUUUCGAUACCCGAGGUGAUUCCGAUUCCGGAACCAAUUGCAUAAAUUCAUUCCGGACCUACUAUCUGGAAUCGAUUCCACAAAAAUUCGGAGCUAGUCGGAAUCGAUUCCGUCCAAAACAUCAAUUUUUCCAUCACCACAACGAAACAUCAACAGUAAACAAAGGAGGCAUAAUUAACAAGUACCAAAAAAGACGCAUCUAAUCAACCCUAAACUCCUCCCGAUCCCGCUGUAACUGACAGUUGGAAGCAGCCAAAAGGUGAUUCAUCCAAUGCAAACCCUUCAUCUAAUCACUCCUGUUGCGGUAAUGUGUGCAUUGCAGCAAGUGUCGCUAUAUGACGCAAUGGUAUGCACAUUUCGAUAUUUAUCGCAAUACGUUCAAUAUAAAACACCGGAACGAAGCGCGGGCGCUCAUCAGUUGUCAAUGUCGGGCGGGUUUGCCACAGUGCCUGGACAGUGCUCGCAAAGUCUGAGUCAUCAACGACACAUCAACGAUGGAUAGAAGAAAAUUUCACAGGAACAACUUUAAGGACGAUCUGCUGCAUUGGUGUGCGGCAAACAAUUGGCCAAAAGAGGUGCAGAAGCGUUUGGAGAAGGGCGACAGUCCAUACCGUGCGAACAAGGACGGAUUAUCGCCAAUGCACGCGGCCAUAGCACAUGAUGCGAAUCUGGCCGUGAAGAUACUGCUCGAGCGCUACGCCUCCGAUGUGGCGAUCGUGAAAGAGCACAUGCAGAAGAGGUUCAUGUGGAAAGCGGAAAACAAUUGCUGGAAAAAGCGGCCCAUCCUGGUGGCCUGCACCGAGGAGGAGUGCAAGCAAGUGGCGCUGUUGGCCAGCUCCUGCCCCUCGGCUAUCCCGUUCAAUGUGCAAGUGUUUGUGUUACUUCGAUCGCCCACCGUGGACGACGUCAACCGGCUCGUCGCGCUGGACGUGUGCUCGGCGGAAAAGCACACCGACGUAAUGCGCUGCAUCAAUGCGCUUCUGCCCAACGGGGUCGUUUCGCUGGACAAGACCGAUUUGCGGACGGAUUGUUUGACCUACCUGCAGACUGCCUGUCUGUACGAUCGUGCCGGCAUGGUGGCCCUGCUGGUUGCCCACGGCUCACAGCUGUCUGCUACGGGAGAGUACGAGAGCAUUCCCCUGAUGACUGCCAUCCGUACGACGAAGAUGUACAUCGUUAAGCUGCUGCUCACGAAGUAUAUCAACCGAUACGAUCCAACUGUGCAGGACAGCAGACAAAGAAAUGCGUUUCACAUCGCGGUAGAGCAGAGCAAUUCGCAAAUGGUGGACUACGUACUGAAGGCUUUGAUUGCCUAUCGUAGAGAGCAAUUUGGUGAAACGGAAUCACAAGCGUUCAACCGCAUCUUUACCCACCGGUGUGAAGAAUACAGUUACAUGACCACGUGGUCACUCAUACGAUCACAUUCAAAAGAACAAUGCAGCAAAUAUGUGGUACAGUAUGGGCUGGACCUAGCGUACCAGAACGGUGAAAACGCGAACGUUGUAGAAUUGUUAACGAGAAAGAUAGCACUCGAGUACUGUUUCGAGGGAAUCCGACGAAAUGUGGACAUUCUGAAGUUGGCAGCUUAUGAUGGGGAAAACGUACUCCAUCAUCUCUUCAAACACGAUCAUCUGGAGUUUGUGAAGGAGCUAUACGAGCAGAAUCCCUCUGUUAAACCCAUCUUCGAAACCACAGCCGCGUUUCCAAUCUUAUGCAUCACACUGAGGCACAGAAAGGUGGAAAUGCUAAGGUUUAUCCUGGACAAUCAUAAAGACUACCUACGAUCCGAACCCGCCAAACUGCAGGAGUACGCUAUCGGUCAGUCCUGGUUCGACAGGUCCGUGUAUAGGGAGCCGUUUACAUUGCUGGCAGCCGCAUUCCCCGAGCAGCAGGAUGUAAUCAACCAAACCAUUGCGGAAGCAAUCAAACGUCAGCAGACUAAAUCUUUUACCGACCGAUUCUACGCACUACAAAAAUCGUUCGAUGAUGCUAUGGCAGAGCUGAAAGCGGAAGGACUGCCGCUGGAACACGUGGUGGACGAGCGGAACAGGAACAUUCUUCACCAGGCAGUGGAUUGGGAUGAGUUAGAGCUGAUCAAAAACCUGCUGGCCUGUGGCACUGACCUACACCAAAAGGAUGACGAAGGCAAUUGGCCAAUAUUUUCGGUUCGAAGUAUGGACGCGUUUGAAUUGCUGUACGACAAAUUGCGCAUAGAUCCAACGGUCACCAACGACCAUGGGUACAAUCUGCUGCAUUUCGCCAGCAAGGUGGGAAGCUACUCCCGCCAAGCGAUCCUCACGAAGCUGCUGGAGCUCGGGUUCGAUAUAAACCAGCCGACGCACGACGGUAAUGUACCACUGUCUCUAGCGAACUGCUGUUCGACGGUCAGCUACCUGCUCAAGCAAGGUGCCGUAGUGGAGCUAGUGAACGGAAGCGCAUUGGUGCAGACGUUGCACGGUAAGCAGCACUGUGCGGCUUGGGCUUUACUACCGAAAAUUGCACACCUCAGCUGGUUCCCCGAGAUUGCGCACGCUUUCCUGCCCUGGAUGCUGGGCAAUCAGAAUCGUGACUUUUUCACCUGCAGCUGUGGUCGAUAUCUGGAACAGUAUCCCGACAUACGAAAAACGUUAUUUGACAGUUUGUACAACCAUUCCCGAACGGAAGCGGCCGAGUUCUUUCGGAAGGUGUGUCACCGGGCAAUCAACGACGCGGCUCGUUGGUUUUUGGACUAUGGCUACCAAAUCGAUUUCGACGUGCGCGACGAGUACGGCUGCACACCGCUGCUGGGUAUGCUCGUGUACAUGGAGGAACCCAAUCUGGACGUGAUAGAACGGUUGCUGCAGAAGGGCGUAACACUGAAAGCAAGGGAUAACUGGGGGCGAAAUCCGUUGAUUGCGAUUGCACACCGUUUUCGGAGCGCCCAAUGGUACGGCCAUUCGCUAAACACCAUCGAGCUGCUGCUUGAUCAUGGUGUGGAAAUUAACGCACAGGAUGAUAGUGGAAACACUGCCCUGCAUUACGCGUUUGAGGAAAUGCAGCUCGAGCUGGCGGAGCUAUUAAUGGCUCGCGGUGCAGAUAGGAAGCUCAAAAACAACGCACAGAAACUGCCCUAUCAGAUGGUUCACAAAAGUUUGCAACCUAUAUAUGCGUUCCUUGGUUAGGGAAUAGAGAAGAGGACGCGUCAAAGAGCCGCAAUGCACCAAAGAUUCAAAACGUAAGCCCAGAAAGUACAAGUUCGAAAUGUAUUCUAGAAAUAGUAA